AUGUUCAGCAAAUUCUCCGAAGGAAAUCAGCAUGGAAGCAUGCGCGUUAAGUAUCAACUACUGCGAGGCAAUCACGAAUGCAAAGGUAUAAAUCGUGUAUAUGGAUUUUACGAUGAACUACUUGACCGUUUUGAAAAGGAUGAAGCUGAGAGAUUGUGGUUCGGCUUUAACGAGGUGUUCGCGUGGCUGCCUUUAGCUGGACUUGUUGGCAAGAAAAUUCUCUGCAUGCAUGGAGGAAUAUCAGCAUACCUGAACUCACUCGAAGAUAUACGGAAG